UUUUUUUUUAAUUUCUUUUGCAGUUAUUGAAAUCUAUACCAGUGGGAGUUGGUCAGAUAUAUGGCUGUGAUAAUCUAUGGACAGGGGGCAUUUUCCUGGGAGCCAUCCUACUCUCCUCCCCACUCAUGUGCCUGCAUGCUGCAAUCGGAUCAUUGCUGGGCACGGCAGCAGGACUCAGUCUUUCAGCCCCAUUUGAGGACAUCUACUCUGGACUCUGGGGUUUCAACAGCUCUCUGGCCUGCAUUGCAAUGGGAGGAAUGUUCGUGGCGCUCACCUGGCAAACCCACCUCCUGGCUCUUGGCUGCGAUCUCCAGCCCCCUUUGGAAAGCAAAUCUCACAUGAAAAAUGCCACACCAAGUUUCAGCUUGUCCACAUCACCCUGAUACUGCCAAACAAAAGACCAACCCUGUCAGCCAAG